AUGAAUAAAUAUGAAAAAAUAAGAGAUAUAGGAAAGGGAAAUUAUGGGAAUACAGUACUUGUUAGAGAUAAAAAAAAUGACCAUUAUGUAAUGAAGAUAAUAAAUAUUUCUCAAAUGUCUCAAAAAGAAAAAAAGCAAUGUUUAAAAGAAGUUGAAUUAUUAUCAAAAUUAAAUCACCCUUUUAUAGUCAAAUAUAUUGAAAGUUAUAUAGAAGGUGAUACUCUUAGAAUAAUUAUGAAACAUUGUAAAGGUGGGGACCUUUAUCAUUACAUUCAAAAUAAAAAGAAACAAAAUACACCUAUAAAAGAAAAACGUAUACUUAUUUGGCUAACUCAAAUUUUAACUGCUCUAAAAUUUCUUCAUUCAAAUCAUAUUUUACAUAGAGAUAUGAAAUCAUUAAAUAUUUUGAUAGAUAGUGAUAAGAGAGUUAGGUUAUGUGAUUUUGGGAUCUCAAAGGUUUUAGAAAAUACUUUAGAUUAUGCUAAUACCUUAAUAGGUACUCCAUAUUAUUUAAGUCCAGAAUUAUGUAAAGACAAAAAAUAUAGCUGGCCUUCAGAUGUUUGGGCUACUGGUUGUUUAAUUUAUGAGCUAGCCACAUUUAGAACUCCUUUUCAUUCAACAAAAGGAAUUCAGCAAUUAUGCUACAACAUAAGAUAUGCACCAAUACCUGAUUUGCCACAUAUAUAUUCAAAAGAACUAAACAAUAUUUAUAAAAGUAUGUUAGUUAGAGAGCCAAAUUACAGAGCUACUGUCCAACAAUUGUUGGUGUCAGAUCUUGUUCAAAGGCAGUUAAAAUUAUUGAUUGAAGAAAAAAUACGAGAAAAACAAACUAUGAAAAAACCCUUAAAAGAGAAGCCAACUAUUGAAAAUGACAAUUCAGGAGUAAACGAACAAGAAGUUAAAACACUACUAUUGGACGUUAUUGAUAAUUAA